AUGUUUGCGAAGCCACGGCCAAAGAAGAGCCCCCUGCCUCCGCCGAGCAAGAAGCGCAAAUAUGGCGUUGAACAAGUCUCUUUCGAUUUCGACGCACGAAACGAGUAUCUGACGGGCUUUCACAAGCGGAAACAGCAGCGUAUCAAACAAGCACAAGAAGAAGCCGCUAAGAAGGCACGGGAGGAGAGAAUAAGAACCAGGAAACAGCUUCGUGAUGAACGCAUGAAAGAAGUUGAGGAGCAUGUUGAGCACGUUAAUAAGCUGCUCCGGGAAUCUGGCGCGAUUGAGGAUGACGCUACUGAGCAACAAUCGCAAUCAGAUGAAGAUGCCAACGAGGGCGAGUGGGACGGGUUUCCAGACCGGCCGAAUCUAGACAUUGUUGACCACGAAGAAGAGUACAUAGACGAAGAUCGAUAUACAACAGUCACGGUCGAGUCAGUGUCAAUAUCGCGGGAUGGCCUGGAAAGACCAGAGAAGGCGCAGGAAAAGGCGGAGGAAGACAAAGAUGGAGAAGCAGAUAAAGUUGACGAGGACAAGUCGGCCAAAAAGGGCCCAGUACGACCUAAAAAGAAGAAGCAAAAGUUCCGUUACGAGUCAAAGAUAGAAAGGCAGCUAGCAGGGAGGAGGCAAAAGGCAAAGAGCAGUGCAAAA